AUGACUAUAGCACGCCGGAAGCCGGAAGUUUACUCGUUUCCAAGGCGACGGCUCCGUCACCCCUCCAACCAGGUGGCCGGAGUCGGGACACUGGAAAGCUACUCCGAGGAGAGGGUACCCGUCGACGGCGGCCGCUGCCACAGCGACUCGCGGGGAGUAGCAGCCGAAGACGGCGGCCGCCGCACCGGCCCUCGCGUGUGGAGGAUAAACGGCCGACCCAGCCAUCGCAGCGGCCAGUCAAAGGAAACAGGUCGCGAAGACCAGGAGUUUAGCCUCGGCGAAGACACGGAAGCAAUCCGUGAAGAUGACGACCCCCGAUGCAGUGUCUCUACGGGAAGAGUAAGUGAGGACGUCGGCUUCUCCGGCAGUGACUCGAGAAAGGUCCGUGAAGACCUGGGCCGCCGCCGCAGUGGUUCUCAGGAGGCAGUUAAGGGAGAUGGUGGCCACGGUCACAGCAGUUCUUGGGAGAGCGUGAGCGGAGACCGCGGCUUUCGCGACAGCGACGUCAGUUUCAGUCCAGUCGGCGGCCACCAGUCCAUUGACUCCGGGGGCACGAUCAGAGAAGACCACGGUCUCCGCCUCAGUGGUACUUGGGAGGGAGUCAGGGAAAUCCGCGGCCCGGGAACCAGCGACUCCGGGGAAAGGGGCAGUGACGGCCGCCGCCGCCGCCGCCGCCUCAGUGGCUCUUGGGAAGGAGCGAGUGCCGAUGGCGGCCGCAGCUUCAGUAGUUCUUGGGAGGGAGUAAGUGAAGACUGCGGCUACGCGGCCAGCGACUCCUCCGGGGUGAGCGGCAGCCAAGACUCCAGCCGCCGCCUCAGUGGCUUCUGGGAGAGAGAAAGUGAAGACGGAGGGUCCGGCUGCAGGGGCUCCUGGGAGGGAGCAAGAGAGGACGGCGGCCGUGGUCCCAGCGAAGACGAAGACGGCCGCCGCAGUGGCUCGUGGGUGACUGCAAGUGAAGACCGCCGCAGCAGCGGGGGCCUGGACGCCUCUCCUCCCGGGAGGCCGUGGGAUCGCACCAUGCCUGGGGUACCCCUUUCCGGCCCCUCCUCCUCCUCCACGGAGACAGCAACCCCGUGCACCAGGAAGAAGGUACAUUUUGGUAGUAUACAUGAUGCAGUACGAGCUGGAGAUGUAAAGCAGCUUUCAGAAAUAGUAGAACGUGGAAUCAGCAUUAAUGAAGUUGACCUUCUCCACAAAUUUACCCCUUUACAUUGGGCAGCACAUUCUGGAAGUCUGGAGUGUCUUCAUUGGCUUCUCUGGCAUGGAGCUGAUAUUACACAAGCAACUACAAGAGGCUGGACAGCAGCUCACAUAGCUGCAAUCAGGGGUCAGGAUGCUUGUAUGCAGGCUCUUAUAAUCAAUGGAGCAAAUCUGACAGUUCAAGAUGAUCGUGGUUGCACUCCUUUACACCUUGCUGCAACACAUGGACAUUCAUUUACUUUACAAAUAAUGCUCCGGAGUGGAGUGGAUCCCAGCAUAACUGAUGUGAGAGAAUGGAAACCUGUACAUUAUGCAGCUUUUCAUGGACGGCUUGGCUGUUUGCAACUUCUAGUUAAAUGGGGAUGUGGCAUAGAAGAUGUGGACUACAAUGGAAAUCUUCCAGUUCACUUAGCAGCCAUGGAAGGCCACCUUCACUGUUUUAAAUUUCUGCUCAGUAGAACGAACAAUGCAGCACAAGCUUUGAAAGCCUUCAAUGACAAUGGAGAAAAUGUAUUGGACCUGGCCCAGAGGUUCUAUAAGCAGAACAUUUUACAGUUUAUCCAGGGGGCUGAGUAUGAAAGAAAUGAUUCAAAAGAUCAGGAAACUUUAGCAUUUCCAGGUCAUGUGGCUGCCUUUAAGGGUGAUUUGGAAAUGCUUAAGAAAUUAAUAGAAGAUGGAGUAAUCAAUAUUAAUGAACGUGAUAAUAAUGGAUCAACUCCUAUGCAUAAAGCUGCUGGACAAGGCCACAUAGAAUGUUUGCAGUGGAUAAUUAAAAUGGGAGCAGACAGUAAUAUUACCAACAAAGCAGGGGAGAAACCCAGUGAUGUGGCUAAGAGGUUUGCCCAUUUAGCAGCAGUAAAGCUAUUAGAGGGGCUACAGAAAUAUGAUAUAGAUGACGAGAAUGAAGUUGAUGAAGAUGAUAUGAAAUAUUUUAUAAGACAUGGUGUUGAGGGAAGCACUGAUGCCAAGGCUGAUUUAUAUCUUAAUGAAUCAGAUAAAACAGAUGCCAGAAUGAGAGCUUAUAAGAAAAUUGUAGAAUUGAGACACCUCCUGGAAAUUGCUGAGAGCAACUAUAAACACUUGGGAGGGAUAACAGAAGAAGAUCUAAAGCAGAAGAAAGAACGGCUAGAGUCUGAAAAGACUAUCCAAGAGCUGCAGGGCCAGCUGGAGUAUGAACGACUACGUAGAGAAAAAUUAGAAUGUCAGCUGGAUGAAUAUCGAGCAGAGGUGGAUCAACUUAGAGAGACCCUGGAAAAUAUUCAGGUCCCCAACGUUACGGCAGUGGAAGAUGACUCUUCUUGUGAGUCAAGCAAAGAGAAGAGGCGAGUAAAGAAAAAAGUGUCUUCUGGGGGAGUUUUUGUGAGAAGGUACUAA